AACGGAGGCGUUGCGUCACCAUUUGUCCGACUCUGAUUGGUCGAGGCGCUCGCGAAUGUCCGGUGUCUGACGUCACGGCGGAUAUGCGCGCCUCUGAUUGGCCGAGACGCUGCGGGAGGCAGGUGCAUGACGUCAUGAGCGAUGUGCGCAUGCACGAAGCCUUCCAUCAAACCCGUGCUUUUGCAAAAGCCAUAAAUCCCUCCGCGGGGGCGAAACGGUUCUGUUGUAGAGACGAGGACUUCCUACUCUCCCCGCCGGGCUCCAAGGCGCUCUCGUCGGCCCGCCCGCCUGUGAGCUUCGUUCCGGUUCCGAGCCUAAAGCCUCUCGGAGCCGCUUACCGAGCAGCGAGCCAGCGGAACGGACGUAGCCGGCCGGGGAAGCGGGCUUCGUCAUCUCUUUCUUCGGUCAGAUGCUCCCAGCCGUGCAGAUUGACAGGAGUGAUGGGAUAUGUCAACUAGAUAAUUCAUCCGUGAAUGAUGUAAUCGGACGUGCGGACUCAUCUGCGGCGUUGACACCGGAGCGAGACAAAGCCGACGAGGCGGACCAGUGGCUAGACAGAGGUGCUGCGAUCAUGGGCGUGGGCAAGAACACCACCUCCAGGCCCGUGGACAGCGCCAGCGAGGGUGGCAAAUAUGAAGAGGAGAACAAACACGCCGCGGACUUCUACCCCAUUCCGGUGGUGGUAAAUGGAGUGGGCGGAGCCAAUGGCGACCAGGAUACAGAGAACACCGAGCUGAUGGCCAUCUACACAAAAGACGCUCAAAGAGCGGAAAAGAGCUCAAUGUCGGAGACUUUGGACAGCUCAGACAGCACCGAUCCGAGGAGGAUGGACAUGAUCUAUAUCAUAGAAGACACUCCGCCCUGGUACCUUUGUGUGUUUUUAGGCCUACAGCAUUAUUUGACGUGUUUCAGCGGAACCAUCGCGGUGCCGUUCCUCCUGGCCGAAGCCAUGUGUGUGGGCUUCGACCAAUGGGCCACGAGCCAGCUCAUCGGGACCAUCUUCUUUUGUGUGGGGAUUACAACCCUUCUGCAAACCACACUGGGCUGCAGGUUGCCCUUGUUCCAGGCCAGCGCUUUCGCCUUCCUCGCCCCGGCCAGGGCCAUCCUAUCGCUCGACAAAUGGAAGUGCAACAACACGGCGAUCCUCGAGACGAACAGCACAGAAAUUCUCCACACAGACCACAUCUGGCAUCCCAGGAUACGAGAAAUCCAGGGGGCCAUCAUCGUGUCGUCCCUGGUGGAGGUGUGCAUUGGGGCGCUGGGCCUACCCGGGCUCCUCCUCAAGUAUAUCGGACCGCUGACCAUCACCCCGACUGUCGCCCUCAUCGGCCUCUCCGGGUUCCAGGCUGCGGGGGAGAGGGCGGGAAAGCACUGGGGCAUCGCUAUGCUGACUAUUUUCCUGGUGCUCCUCUUCUCGCAAUACGCGCGAAACGUCCACUUCCCGUUGCCCGUCUACAAAGCAAAGAAAGGCUGGACUUCCUACAGGCUGCAGGUCUUCAAAAUGUUCCCAAUCAUCAUGGCCAUCCUGGUGUCAUGGCUGCUGUGCUUCAUCUUCACGGUGACCGACGUCUUCCCGCCCGAAAAGGACAAGUACGGCUACUACGCCCGCACGGACGCACGGCAAGGGAUCCUGUCGGUUGCACCCUGGUUCAAGAUCCCGUAUCCCUUCCAGUGGGGUCUCCCUAGCGUGACGGCCGCCGGCGUGAUCGGGAUGAUGAGCGCCGUCGUCGCCAGCAUCAUCGAGUCCAUCGGCGACUAUUACGCCUGCGCCCGUCUGUCGUGUGCCCCGCCCCCUCCGAUCCACGCCAUCAAUAGGGGGAUAUUUGUGGAGGGCAUCUCUUGCGUUCUGGACGGUCUUUUCGGGACCGGAAAUGGUUCCACCUCCUCCAGUCCAAACAUUGGCGUCCUGGGUAUAACAAAGGUGGGCAGCAGGCGCGUGAUCCAGUACGGUGCCGCCAUGAUGCUGUUGCUGGGCCUUGUGGGUAAAUUCAGCGCCCUGUUCGCAUCCCUGCCGGACCCGGUGCUGGGGGCUCUGUUCUGCACCUUGUUCGGCAUGAUCACGGCGGUGGGGCUGUCCAACCUGCAGUUCGUCGACCUCAACUCUUCGCGCAACCUUUUCGUCUUGGGCUUCUCCAUCUUCUUUGGCCUGAUGUUGCCCAGCUACCUCAAACAGAACCCGCUUGUUACAGGCAUUGUUGAGAUUGACCAAGUAUUAAAUGUACUGCUCACCACUGCCAUGUUUGUGGGAGGCUCGGUUGCUUUUAUUUUGGACAACACUAUUCCAGGAUCUCCUGAAGAGCGAGGCAUCAGGAAGCUGAAGCGCGGCUCGGGUCCCAGCGCCGCCGAGCUGGAGGGGAUGCGGUCGUACGACCUGCCCUUCGGAAUGGACUUCAUCCGCAGGCACGCCCUCUUUAAGUACCUCCCCAUCAGCCCCACCUUCGCCGGCUACCAGUGGGGGCGGCUGCGGGAAAGCUGCAGGAGCGGCGACGGACACGGGGAUGCGGGCGAGGGCGAGGGCAAGGGCAAGGGGAGGGCUUCCCGCGCCGAGAGCCUGGCGUAGCUGUCGGGUGCCGUGCGUCCUUUCGGGGAGGAAGGGAAACCGCCACGAGGGGGGGAUGAGAGGCUGCGGUGCAGGAUUGCCGAGCGCGUGGAUGACGUGUCAACCGUCGACCUCCGUCUGUCUCUCUGCCCGUCCUGUCCUGUCCUGUCCUGUCGUGUCUGCCUGCC